AUGAUUGCCAUCGGAAUGGAAGGGUCUGCCAAUAAGGUGGCUAUCGGGAUCAUGUCGUAUCCCGAAGAUGGCAGUGCCCCGCAGAUCCUCGCAAAUGUUCGACACACCUAUAAUUCCCCGCCUGGCGAGGGUUUUCUGCCCAAAGAUGUUGCACGUCACCACCGAACAUGGGUUGUCAAGAUGGUCAAGGAUGCUAUGAAGGAAGCACGCAUCCGUGUUAAGGAUGUAAGCUGUAUCUGCUUCACCCAAGGUCCUGGCAUGGGUGCCCCGCUUCAAAGCGUGGUUAUGGCGGCACGCAUGAUGAGUCUGCUAUGGGGAAAGCCAUUGGUUGGUGUGAAUCACUGUGUUGGACAUAUUGAAAUGGGCCGCCUUAUCACUGGAGCCGAAAACCCCGUCGUUCUUUAUGUCUCUGGUGGAAACACACAGGUAAUUGCAUACAGCUCAAAACGAUACCGUAUCUUUGGCGAGACACUCGAUAUUGCGGUGGGAAACUGUUUGGACCGAUUUGCUCGCACACUUUACAUUCCAAAUGACCCAUUCCCUGGGUACAAUAUUGAGCAAUUAGCCAAGAAGGGUUGCCGACUGGUAGAGCUUCCAUACAUCGUUAAGGGUAUGGAUUGUUCAUUCUCUGGAAUUCUGGCUGCGGUUGAUGCCUUGGCUGUUUCUUUGGGAUUGAACGGCGAGGAGCAGGCGAGAUUAGAUGAUGAGAGAAUCAAUCAGGAACAGCAAGGGGAACAAGAUCCCGAUGCGAAGCCUACUCGCGCAGACUUAUGCUUCUCACUUCAGGAGACUGUGUAUGCCAUGCUAGUGGAGAUUACCGAGCGAGCCAUGGCGCACGUAGGAUCCAAGCAAGUCCUUAUUGUUGGUGGUGUGGGUUCCAACGAGCGAUUGCAAGAGAUGAUGGGGAUUAUGGCGCGGGACCGAGGCGGCUCUGUGUUCGCUACAGAUGAGCGUUAUUGCAUUGAUAACGGUGUCAUGAUUGCUCAGGCCGGUAUGAUGGCAUUUAAGACAGGCUUCACGACCCCACUGAAGGAAUCUACCUGCACGCAGCGAUUCCGGACAGAUGAAGUCUUCGUGGACUGGCGAGAUUAA